ACACAAACAAUGAUUUGAUCUAAUCGCAACUAACUGCAACAUUGCUGCUUUUCUGAUAUCCAGUUGAUCAUGGCAACUAAAGGAAAUCCAGGGGAUAACAAAAGUAAAAGCUCUUUACCAUCAUUACUUAUCGUAGCUGCACUUUGUUGUUUCUUCUAUGUUCUUGGAGUGUGGCAAAGAAGUGGUUUUGGGAAGGGAGACAGCAUAGCACUUGAGAUAACAAAGAAGGCGGAGGACUGCGGUAUUCUUCCUACUUUGGAGUAUGAAACUCACCACGGGAAUCAAAGCACCUCAUUCGAUGAUCCCAAGCAAGAUGUCAAGGAGAUUGAACCAUGUGGCGAGCAAUACAUUGAUUAUACACCAUGUCAUGAUCAAAUGCGAGCAAUGACAUUUCCUCGAGAAAAUAUGAACUAUAGGGAGAGACAUUGUCCUCCAGAUGAAGAGAAGCUGCAUUGUCUUAUUCCAGCCCCAAAAGGAUAUGUGACUCCUUUUUCAUGGCCAAAGAGUCGUGACUAUGUACCUUUUGCGAAUGCACCACAUAAGAGCUUAACAGUUGAGAAGGCAGUGCAAAAUUGGGUUCAAUAUGAAGGAAAUGUAUUUAGAUUUCCAGGUGGUGGAACACAGUUCCCCAAUGGGGCAGAUGCAUAUAUUGAUCAACUUGCUUCUGUUAUACCGAUUGAAAAUGGUACCGUACGAACUGCAUUGGAUACCGGAUGUGGGGUUGCAAGUUGGGGUGCAUACCUUUUCAAGAAGAAUGUUCUAACCAUGUCCUUCGCACCCAGAGACUCGCAUGAAGCUCAAGUUCAAUUUGCUUUGGAAAGAGGUGUUCCAGCAGUUAUUGGUGUACUUGGAACCAUAAAAUUGCCAUAUCCAUCUAGAGCUUUUGAUAUGGCGCAUUGUUCACGUUGUUUGAUUCCUUGGGGUGCAAAUGAUGGAUUGUACAUGACGGAGGUAGACCGAGUGCUCAGACCAGGGGGCUACUGGGUACUUUCAGGUCCUCCCAUCAACUGGCGAGUUAACUAUCAAGCGUGGCAACGCCCCAAGGAAGAACUGGAGGAGGAACAGAGAAAGAUUGAAGAAAUGGCUGAACUUCUCUGCUGGGAAAAGAAGCAUGAGAAAGGUGAGAUUGCCAUAUGGAGAAAAAGAGUAAACAAUGAGUACUGCAGGGAACGUGAUUCUCGUGUAACUCUAUGUGAAUCCUCGAAUGCAGCAAAUGUCUGGUAUAAGAAGAUGGAGGCAUGCGUAACUCCGUAUCCUGAGACAACUAAUUCAGAUGAAGUUGCUGGUGGGGGACUUAAGCCGUUUCCAGAUAGACUAAAUACUGUUCCUCCAAGAAUAGCAAGUGGAUCUGUCCCUGGAUUAUCUGUUGAUUCAUUCAAGGAGGACAACAAGUUAUGGAAAAAACACGUGAAUUCUUAUAAGAGAGUUAAUAAGAUCCUCGACAGUGGGAGGUAUAGAAAUAUAAUGGAUAUGAAUGCUGGCCUUGGAAGUUUUGCUGCAGCACUUGAAUCACCCAAGUUAUGGGUCAUGAAUGUUGUGCCAACUAUAGCUGAGCAAGACACUCUUGGAGUUGUAUAUGAACGAGGCUUGAUCGGCAUAUAUCAUGACUGGUGUGAAGCCUUCUCUACGUAUCCUCGGACAUAUGACCUUAUUCAUGCAAAUAGAGUUUUCAGCUUAUACAAAGACAAAUGUAGUGCUGAAGACAUUCUGCUUGAGAUGGAUAGGAUUCUUCGACCAGAAGGUGCAGUCAUAUUGCGAGACCAUGUAGAUGUCCUCACCCAGGUGAAAAGAAUUGCAACUGGUAUGAGGUGGAACAUAAAAAUGGUGGAUCAUGAGGAUGGCCCUCUGAUCCCUGAAAAGGUGCUAUUUGCUGUCAGAAAAUAUUGGGUUGUAGGUGAUAACAACUCAACUGUCUGAGAUCGAAUAGCAUCGUCUAGGCAGCAUUUUGGCAGAUAAUCGUAGGGCAGUCAAUGCUGCAGUAUUUGGUUCACUGGCGCCAGAGAUAUUAUUCUUUCCCCACUGGAGCUCAGAACUGAUGAAUGAAGCAGAGAACUCUGAUAAGUCUCAUGGUAGCCAUUUUUCAUUUUCCAUUUUUGGCGGUUGCAGAGCAGAAAUAUGAGUAGGUUAUCAUGGCUAGUUUAUUUUCGUAUAGCGCUUUCUUCCUAUCUUUUUUUAUUAUCAUUUUAACACCAUUGCAAUUAAUCUUUAGUUCAUUCACAGUUGUACCAUAUCUUUACCAGCAUUUCUUCUGUAAUUCCAGCAGAGUAAAUUGAGUUCUUAUGGUAAAAGAUCUAAUCUCUUUUGAUGUUAUCGACUAUUUUA